CUGAGAUUUAGCUCCAUUUCCUUAGAAGAACCAUAGACGAGGAUGGUGGUCUCUCAAGAGUCAAGACCCACUGCAAGGAAUCCAAUCCCAGAAAACUUGAGCGGGUCUGGAAGCAGCACAGAGUAAAGCUCUGCAAUAUGCCUCAGAAUAAGCUGCUGGGGUUUCAGCUGAGAGCUGGCUUUCCCAGUAUUCCACUGCCAGAUUCAAGCCAAAGCCAGCAGAUGUGGUAAUCAAUGACCCACUGGGCCUUCCAGUUGAUCAUGGUGGGGGAGGUCCUCAUGAUUUUUCUACUGAUCAGACUCUGAAUCAUGAUCAACUGGCUGCUUCAUUGUAUCGGCUGAGCUUAUCCAAUAAUGGCAGUUCAGUGCCGACAUCCUAUCAGAGUAACAACUUCAUGCCUAGUUCUACAAUUGUAGGCGAUGGUGGGUUAAGUACUCUAGAGCAGGAGUAUUAUUCGGAGAGGUUAAACCAAUAUGCUUUCUUGAUGGCCGAGCAAUACAUGAGGCAGUCUAAUCUCAAUACUGCUAACAGUGGAAUACUCAAUCCCCAUAGUUGGAAUCGGAAUAACAGCAAUAGUAGUAGGACCAGUAGUCAAUCGAUUUUUGGGGAUCAAUUGGGUCGUGAGAUUAAUCAAAUUAGGUCUAGUUCUUCUCAGCGGAAUGGAGUUAACAGGGGGUCAAGAUUUGCUACUGGAUCAAGGUUUGCUAAUGGGGUGGGGAGACAACGUUUCGGGCAAGAGGAGAGGGGCCAAGGCCUGAACUUGAUGUCCACCAAAAAUCAAAGGCCCGGCAAUGGGUCAACUCGGCAGCAUAUACCAAGUUAUUACUCUGUCCCUUUGGAAGAGUUGAGGGGAAAAAUUGCUUUUGUGGCCAAAGAUCACGUUGGAUGUAGGUUUUUGCGAAAGAAGAUUGAGGAGGGUAAGACGGAAGAGAUUGACAUGAUUUUUAAUGAAGUUAUGAAUGAGGGCCAUGACCAUUUGCACGAGCUAAUGGUAGAUCAAUUUGGGACUGACUUUAUUCAGAAACUUGUGGAGGGGACUAAUAGGGAAGGACGGGCCAAAAUGCUUGAUGCGGUCAUGAGUGAUGAGAGAAAACUUAAGGAUCUGUGCAAUGAUCAUCAUGGUAGCCGAGCCUUGCAGAAGUUGCUGGAGAGGAUUGAAACCCGAGAGCAACAGUCCUCAUUUACGCGGAUUCUGAAGCGGAUCACAGUUCCUCUAUGCAAAACUCAGCCCGGUCAUUAUGUGAUUCAAGUUUGCCUGAAGAAUUUCUCUCCUGACUGCCUCAAGUCUGUUCUGGAAUUAGUGCUAGAUAACUGCAUUGCACUAGCAAAAGACAGAUUUGGGUGUUGCUUAGUGCAAAACAUUGUGGAAUAUGGAUAUACUGAAGCCAAGGAGCGUGUUGUGGCUGAUAUAACUGAGCAUGCACGAGUCCUCUGCGAAGAUCCUUUCGGGAACUAUGUUGUACAGUUCCUAAUUGGACUAAAAGUACCCCGUGUAACAGCUGACAUAUUAGGCCAGCUUCAGGGUUAUUUUGUUAAUCUGUCGAUGAACAAGCACGGAAGUCCUGUCGUGGAGAAAAGCAUGAAAGAGGCUGGAGAAGAAAAUGCCAACAUGAUUAUUCACGAGUUGAUGAACAGUUCUGAGUUUUUGAAUGUUCUUCAAAAUCCUUACGGGAAUUAUGUUGCUCAGUCUGCUCUUGCAGUAUCCAAGGGAUCUGUCCAUAAUGAUCUUGUAAACAUAAUUCGGAGCAAUUACCCUCAUCUGCACAGCCAUCUAUAUGGGAAAAGGGUGCUUGACAAAACCCGAAACAGGCAUCGUGCAUAAACAAACAAAGCGGCAUGUAAACUAUAUAUAAAUGUAGUUCAAAAUCAGCUGCAAGAAGGUCUAACAGCUCUUAGCUUCUAGAUCGUUUUGGGCAUUUGUUAUAUGUCACCAGUAAAUGUAGUUCAAAAUCAGCUGCAAGAAGGUCUAACAGCUCUUAGCUUCUAGAUCGUUUUGGGCAUCUGUUAUAUGUCACCAGUAGUUGCUCUGUAUUUCUGACUAGACCUUAACUGUUGUUUCUUCCAGGCAAGAAUAUAUUUGUACCUCCUUGUGGUUGCUAGGUACGAUAUAUUAGGGUCUCUUAAAACUUGUUGUUUCAGCUUUUAGGCUUGUGUUGUUUCUUCUGGUAUGGAAGUUAGCGUGCAGGAAAUGGAUUCUGCUCUAUAGUAGAGUAAAGUGGGCUUCCAGUGUUCUGUAGUAAGUCUCUCGGAUUUGAUUAAUAAUAGUCCAUGUUGUUGUUUUA